AUGAUGGUUACCAACAAAUUCCUUGUGCUCAAAACCCAAUUCGACUUUAUUGCACAACGUCUCCUAAGCAAGUCCUUGUACGGAAACAUGGUUGGGGUCGUUGGUUCUAUGUGGGUCUUGUGUUGCAGCUACUUGUUCUUUCUUUUUGGGUUCAUAAGCAGAUAUAUACUCAGAUUUCAGGCAGAUGAACAGAGAAAUGAAAAUCGUGUUCCUUGUUUGCAACGGGAUGAUCAAGUGGGUUCAAAGGGGUCCUUGAUUUCAGACAUUGAUGUAUUCAGAGAAGAAGAGGAGUGUUUUCAGUAUUCUGAUAGCAAAAGUAAAGAUAAAAACAGAGAAGAAGAAGAAACGGAGAAUAUUGGUUUUGUGGAGACAGUUUCGGCUGCAAGCACCGAUCUUUACGAGUUCAGGUCUGGUAAAGAUAUCAAUUGCUACAUGGAAGAACCAAAAUCCACGAGCUUUGUUGUCCAAGAAUUUUAUGUGGGAUGGAGCAAUUCAAAUGUAUAUGAUAGUCAAAUUCUUGAUAAAGGACCAGAGGCUGCUGAUGAAGAAAAAGCAGAGGCAAAAACAGAGAAUUUUGAUGAUCAAAUAACAACAAAAGCUGUUGAUGUUCAAGAAGAAACAGAGGAUGUUGAUGAUCAAGAAGAAACAGAGGCUGUUGAUGAUCAAGAAGAAACAGAGGAUGUUCAUGAUCAAGAAAAAACAGAGGAAACAACAGAGACUAUUGGUAAUAUGGAAAAAACAGAGGACUCUGCUAGUUCUGUUUGCGUCGGAGAGGUUUUAGAGAAAACUGUCACUGGUCAUAAUUCUUCUGAGAUAGUAGAGCACAGUUUUGAUAGUUUUAGUUUUGGGAAGCUUUUCGUUUCUGAGAGUGAGCUUUCCAGGACGGUAGAGUAUCCAGAAAAUACAAGUUUUGGGAAGCAUGAUCCAUCAGAUGAUGUGGGUUCAAUUACUUAUGAGUUUCUGGUGGGCAGAAAUGUGAGCGAGGGAUUGCAACCUCAAAGCCUUGUAGUCAUUAAGGAAGAUAGUCAGAACGUACAAACGAACAUGGAAGAUUUCCAAUUGCAUGAUUUCAGUACCCCAUAUGGGAAAAGAGUUGUUUUUUCAGAUCAACAACAGGAUAGUUCUGAAUCUUCUGAUGAUGAAUAUAUUGAAUUAUCAGAACCCCAAAUCCAAAGUUCUAGUGUCUUGGAAGAGGAAGUUGAGGACCAACACGAAGAUGAGGAUAAAUUAUUCCAAAAUGAGGAGACAAAACCCAGAAAUUGUACAGAACAAUCUGCAGAAGAAAUUGGCUCGCAGGAGGGAAAAUCCGGAUCGAAUUCGAAAGACGAAAAUGAGGAUGAGUUGCCAUGGGAGCAUGAGGAUAUAAUUGAACAGCUGAAAAUGGAAAUGAGAAAUGUGAGAAACAGGGGGCUUCCCACAAUUUUAGAAGAAGAAACUGAGUGCACAAAGAUGGUGGAGAAUCUAAAUCUAAAGCCGCUGAAGAUUGAUGAAAAGUUUGAAUACAAAGAUCAAAUGGCGGAGCUUCAGAAGGUUUACAAGAGCUACGCAGAGAGAAUGCGAAAGCUGGACAUCUUGAACAACCAGACCAUGCAUGCAAUCGGUUUUCUCCAACUGAAAGACAAAGUUUCUAAGUCAAUAACGAUCCAAAAAUCUUCAUCAAUGCCAAUUGUUAAGUCUCUUCUGUCACAGAACAUGUGGAGAUGCAAAACACAAAGACAACCCACAGCUCAUGACCGAAUUCCAAAAUUUGUUGGGGACUUGCAUAAGGACUUGGAAUUGGUGUAUGUUGGGCAGGUUUGCCUGUCUUGGGAAAUCCUUCAUUGGCAGUACGGAAAAGCCCAAGAAUUGCAUGCUCAAAGAUAUAAUCACCAGUACAAUCUAGUUGCCACUGAGUUUCAGCUGUUUCAAGUGCUCCUGCAAAGAUUCAUAGAGGAUGAUCCAUUUCAAGGCCCUAGGGUCCAGCAUUAUGUCAAGAACCGAUGUGUUCUUCGCAGCCUUCUUCAAGUUCCAUCCAUAAGAGAUGAUAGAAUGCAUGAUAAGAAGCAUGGGGGAAGAGGGGAGGACGAUUCGAUAAUUUUAAGUGGAAUGCUGGUGAACAUCAUUGAAGAAUCAAUGCGUAUAUUUUGGAAAUUUCUUCGUAAGGAUGAAAGGAAUGCGAUUCUAAAGGGUCUUCAAGAAACUCAGGUUGACCACAAGGAUCUAGAGCUUCUCAUGGACAUUCGGAAAGAUCUUCAAAAGAAGGAGAAAAAGCUUAAGGACAUACUGAGAAGUGGGCAUUGCGUGGUAAAGAAGUUUCAAAAGCAGCAAGAAGAGCGGCUUGAGCAAACUUUGUUGAUUGCUCAAGUUGAUUUGAGGUUGAUUUCAAGAGUGCUAAACAUGUCAAAAUUAAAAACAGAACAGUUGGUAUGGUGCCACGAAAAGCUAGACAAGAUCACUUUUGUUCAUAGGAAGGUUCACAUGGAACCCUCAUUUUUGCUUUUUCCAUGUUGA